UCUGUCAUGGCGGUGUCCGGUUCUCUAACCUGUGUGAAGGGACGGGAUGCUAGGGUUUUUGUCGGCGCGACAAACGGGUUUGGACGACCCUCUUCGCCUCCAGAGAGUGGAGUCCACACGGAGGGUUUGGGGACUGGAGUUAAACAAAGACAGAGAUGUUGAAAGGAUCCAUGGCAGUGGAGUUAACACCCUUGACAUUGAACCUAUUGAAGGGAGAUACAUGUUAUCAGGUGGCUCAGAUGGUGUGAUUGUGCUUUAUGAUCUUGAGAACUCCAGCAGACAACCUUAUUACACAUGUAAAGCAGUGUGUUCCAUUGGCAGAAACCAUCCUGAUGUUCACAAAUACAGUGUGGAGACUGUACAGUGGUAUCCUCAUGACACUGGCAUGUUCACAUCAAGCUCAUUUGAUAAAACUCUGAAAGUAUGGGAUACAAAUACGUUACAAACUGCAGAUGUGUUUAAUUUUGAAGAAACAGUUUAUAGUCAUCAUAUGUCUCCAGUCGCCACGAAGCACUGUUUGGUAGCAGUUGGUACUAGAGGACCCAAAGUACAACUUUGUGACUUAAAGUCUGGAUCCUGUUCCCACAUUCUACAGGGUCACAGACAAGAAAUAUUAGCAGUUUCCUGGUCACCACGUUAUGAAUAUAUCUUGGCAACUGCAAGUGCUGACAGUAGAGCAAAAUUAUGGGAUGUGAGGAGAGCAUCAGGAUGUUUGAUUACGCUUGAUCAGCAUAAUGGGAAAAGGUCACAAGCUGUUGAAUCAGCAAACACUGCUCAUAAUGGAAAAGUUAAUGGCUUAUGUUUUACAAGUGAUGGGCUUCAUCUCCUCACUGUUGGUACAGAUAAUCGAAUGAGGCUCUGGAAUAGUUCCAAUGGAGAAAACACACUAGUGAACUAUGGAAAAGUUUACAAUGACAGUAGAAAAGGAUUGAAAUUCACUGUCUCCUGUGGCUGCAGUUCAGAAUUUGUUUUUGUACCAUAUGGUAGCACCAUUGCUGUUUAUACCGUUUACUCAGGAGAACAGAUAACUAUGCUUAAGGGACAUUAUAAAAGUGUUGACUGCUGUGUAUUUCAGUCUAAUUUCCAGGAGCUGUACAGUGGUGGCCGAGACUGCAAUAUUCUUGCUUGGGUACCAUCCUUAUAUGAACCAGUUCCUGACAAUGAUGAUGAGACUACAACCAAAUCACAAUUAAAUCCAGCAUUUGAAGAUGCCUGGAGCAGCAGUGAUGAGGAAGGAUAAAUAUCAAUUCUUAGUGCCUUUUUGUUUCUAUUGAUGAAACUUUUUUAAAACAGGACUGUUUUGUUUUAUUUUUUCAAUUGUCCAGUGACAGCUAAAUUAGCCCUGAAUUUGUGUGACUUUCCAUUUAUUUUAAAAUGAGGUUAGUAAUUUCAUGAAAUCCUGUAACAGAGUUCUAUGUACUUUACUUAAUCAGAACAUGUCUCCUUGAUCCAGAUGCUGUGGCCUGCUGCAGCCCCUACAGCUGUAGUACAAGGGGACAGAUCAUGGCACCUCCUCUGUGGGAACUUGAACAGUUUGUGUGACCGUAAGAUGUAGUCUCAGAGAAUGAGCAAGUAUCGUGGUCAGUGCUGACUUUCUCCUGCUGACUGUACCAUCACCUUCCUCAUUUUCACUUUCAAGAAUGAUUUUACUGAGGAUCAUAUCAAAAAUUAUAGUUGAAAAGUUAGCACCAAUUUUUUAAUUCUUUCUUAUUUGUGUAUUCAGUUUUUGCAAUGAUUUCAUUUAUUUGACCAUUGUCUAGCUUUGUGUUAAGUUUUUUUGAAUUUGGUGCCUUCCACAAUCUAAAAAGGAAGAGGUUUUUAACUUGGGGAAAAUUCCAUGUUUCCUUUAUUUUACUGUCAGCAACUUGAACUGCUUUUCUAUGAAUCUGGUUAAGAUGUGACUAAGUCCUCCUUCAUUCAUCAAAGCAGAAGAUAUCCUGGCAGGAGAUCUGUCUUAAACAUGAAAUGUCACAAAAAUUUCUAUUUUGUUGUCUCCUCUUCUCAUGUCAUAACUCAUGAGUGAUUAUCAUGAAGCUAACCUUACAUUCCCUUUCUUUCUGAUUCUUAUCAGUAGGAGACUAGUUAAAGAGGUUUUUGUGAGCUUGAAUACCAAGUAUACAGUAGUAGAGUUUUUAAAUGUGUAAGUGUUAGGCCUCAUAUCAGACCUUUCUGGCCAAAUGUUUUGUUUUCCAUACAUUUACUUUUUAGUUAAUUUUCUUAAGCCCUGACUAUUUUACUUCCACUUUUUCUCCCCUUGGUGAGGAUGUUUAUGACCUUUGAAAAUGCUAUUGAAAUUGAGAAUUUUUUUUUGUUUGUUUUAAGAAAAAAGAAGUCUUUUUCCAAGCUGUAAAUAACUAUUACUUCUUUAUAGUUAUAUAAAUAUACAUGCUUAUUGUAAAUAAUUUAAGCCAUAAACCUUCCAAGACGUAAAGAUGACUUGGAAUCAUGCCACCCUCGGGUAACUACUACUAAUAUUUUAGUGGCCAUUCUUUCAUGCAUCUCUUUAUGACACAUAAUUUUACACAGUUGGGUGUUCGGCAUGCUGUUAUCAUGCAAACUCCUCUUCCCACAUCAGCAACUCCUUCCUCAUCCCUUACCCCUCCUUCCACAAUCCAAGUUAUUAACCAAGUAUGUGUUCAUUCACAUUAUAAUCCAGUAAGGACCUAUGUAGACAUAGAUGGGCAAGUAUUUUUAGUUUGAAAAAAUAGGAUAUACACAGUUCUGUCCUGAUUUUUUUUCAAUUAUAGCUCACAGAAAUUUUUCUGUGUCAUUUGGUAUAACUACAUGUAUUGACUAUAUUUUCUUAUUUUCUGUAUUCUUGAUACUCUGGCAUUUGGGGCCUUGAUCCUGGCAACACUGCCUCUUCCAGGUCUAAUUAAUUCCCAGAGAUAGCAAAGGACUCCCCAGGGAGCAUGCCUUUGAUAUACAAACCAAUCAAUCCAGAGUCCACACCCCCAGCCAUCUUCUUUAUCAAGCUCUCACACACUAAACCACUAUUCCCCUUGUCCUAGAUUACCCCAGGGCCGGAUACCAGACAACUAAGUGCCAGAGUCUAUUGAAAUUAUUCCAACUAUCCAAUCCUAAAUUUAUUCGGUGUACCUAUCCUGCCCCACUCAUUCCUUCCCAGCAAACCCCAAUAAAGGCCAUGCUCUGCUUUCUCCCUAGAGAGGCCUCCUGACCUAACCUAGUCCUUCCCUCUGUAACCCUGCAUGGCAGGGUAUGCCAUGCCUUCUGGUUCUAGUUCUAGGGAUCUGUGAAUAUAAACAUCUUCCUUCGUGAUAGUCAUUUCCUUCUGUGUGUCUUGCCAUACCUGAUUAGAACAAAACCAGGACAAAUCUUAACACAGUUAGCACAGCGAGCUGGGUGAUUUGCACGAAAAGUAGAUGAUAUUCUUUGAGCUGCUCUUGGCUUAUUGUCUAGAUCUGACAGUCAAGGGACACUGCCUGAAAGGGCACCCCUGGUUGUUGGUGCACUUGCUGCUUGGUGCCUGCUGCAUUGUGUUGUUUUUCUGUCAGGUAUUACCAUGAUUUCCCAAUCUAAAGGGGGCACUCAGUGUAUUUCCCCCAUUGGUGGAGAGCUCAAGAUCCAGGACAGAACCACAGGGGUUUAUAGGUGACUGGCUACAUUUUUAAAAGGUCCAUCUGCUGGGAAUGAGGAGUGACUACCCUCCUACUGCCAUAGGACAAGUCUAAUCCACUGACUGGGCAAUGCUGACAAGCAGUAGAGCCAUCUGAGUCACUUAGAUGAAGAAUCUAGUGUCUGGAAUGAUAUAUGCUUCUGGAGGCAUGCAUAAACCAUUUCUCUUGUCCUCCCUGAGCUUUUCUGAGUCAAAUUCCAUCUGUUCCUCAAAGCAGUAGGAGAUGGCACUUGAACACUUGCUCAUAUGCUGUGAACCAUUUGUGGGUUUGAUGUGAGGGCCUUCUCAGAAGAUCAUGGCUCCCCACAAACACUUCAAGUCGCAAGCUUCAUUGCUGUGCCUACUUGCUGCUGUCAUGAGCAACUUAUUCCCCAACCUAGCAGGGUCUAACAGGUCCCAUCCCUGGAGACCAGUGGCUCAAGCUGCAUCUGGUUCCAGCACCCCCCCCACCCAAAACCCUGAAGAGUUGAUCCAAUUAAUUUUAAAAAUGCAAAGUACUUAAUCCAUGUAUAUGUACUCUCCUAAGAGCCGCUAAUUGUCAACAUGCAAAGGGUCUUGUGCUCAAACAAAAAAUGUAAAAGUUAAUGCUGAUGCCACCAUUGCUUUCCUAGAUGUAGACUUUAGCCCCUCUAAGGUUGAUUGGGACACCCUAGAGAAGGGGGGCUUUGCUUACAGAGAUGCCGCUCAGAACCAUCAGGAGCUUAUCAGGUAAACAUCCAAAAGGGGGGAAAAAAAAGGAAAAAUUUUAGUCACCUAGAGAUUCAAGCCAUUCUACAAAUUUGAAAAAAGGUGGGUGUGAGGAAGGGACUGAUUAUUCUGUGGACAGAGGACAUCCCAGGGGAAAGUUGCCUAGAUGCACUUGGCCCCUUCAGCCUCCCUCUUUUCCUCUUACCAGCCAGAAAAAAAAAAUAAAGACUGCACCUUCAGGGUGCAAAAACCUGAAACAGGAAGAAAACAAGAAAAAUGACUUUAGGUGGCUACAAACCCAAGGGGAAAAAAACCAAAAAGUUUAAAUUUUAAGUGCUAGGCAAAUGCCAGUCUAGCAAGCGUAAUGCUAGUUCUAGAUUAGUUACUGAUUUAAAAGCGAAACAGAGAAAAUAAAAGGUAAUUGAAUAAUAUAUACAUAUAUAAUGUUAAAACAGUUUUAUAAUUUGGAAAUAAUUUGAUCCAAUUGGAAAUCCAAAAUUUAUACACUAAAUGAAUAUACUAAAGGAUUAUUUUAUAACAAAAAGAUAAAAGGGCACCUUAUGAUGCAUUACUACAACAUUAAUAAUGUGGUCCCAUCCAUUGGGGCCCCCAUACUCUAUAUCCAAUAUUAUUGACGUUACUGAUUCUAUUCAGUCAACAACUGGUAAAUAUUUUGCUCUAAUAGAUUUGGCUAACAUGCUCUGUUCAGUGCCUGUUUCACCAGCCUAUAGCUGCAAUUUGUCUUCACCUCAAAGGAACACAAUACACCUUUUCCAGACUGUCCAUCAGGUACCUCAGCAGCUUUGCCAUCACACAGUCUUUGCAGACAGGAUCUCAACUGCAUCCACCUUCUUCCAGGAGCACAGGUAUGACAUUACACUGAUAACAUCCUCCUCCAAGGGGACUCAUUUGGUACGCAUUUAGGAUAUACAGGUACAUCUUUUAGUACUUUUGGGUUCUGAUGGCGACAUAGUCUUUAUCUACAAAUUUUACAUCCAAAUUGAAAUUAAUAGGUACUCCUGUAGCAGACAGCUACUCAUCUGAUGUGGGACCUGUAUGAGCCUAAACUUCCACCAAAAACAAAACCCUUGUCAGUGCAGCUUUACACCUUUCUGUUGACUGUUGGUCUUAUUGCCCCUGGUCUGGGUGCUUUCAUUAAUUUACAGUCUGGAAGCCCAAACCCUCUAAAGCCAUUGUUUCAAUCAAACAUGGCAAAUGCUGAGACCCACAUCACCUCAGAUGGGUACCAUCUUGGAAAGGAUACCCCAGACCCACAUCCCAGAGAACAUUUCCCAGUCCGAGACCUCACCAUUGGAGAUGAUCUCACCCCGAUACUAAAGCAUGAGCCCCAGCAACGCCCAUGACUACCUCUCCUAAGGCACAAAUUGGACAUAGGACAUUUUUGCUUUUCUUCCUUUGUCAUUAGGGAUCCCAUUACAUUUCUGAGCUUACUGUCUGCUUAGCCCAUGAUCCUGCUCUACUCCUUUUUUUCUGCCUAAGAGUACACCCCUGCACUCCCAUGCCUAAAGGGAAAUCUAGUGGAGGUUACUGCUAUCUGUGUUCUAAAUAUUAAUGGAGAUUACUGUUUUCCCUGGAGGCUCUUGCCUCCUAUCAGUCAACUCCUUCAAGCGCUCUGGGGAGAAGACCAUCUACUUCACAAGGCUUUUUCCUACUCUCAUCCUGUGUCUGCUCUGUGAUUACCACAACCACUCUUUCCCCUUGGUUACACACAAUACCACUAAUCUUUACAUAUACUUUGCUAAUAUGUCAUUUAAUACCCUGCAACAAAAGAAGUGCUGGACCUGCACUUGGUAGAUACACAAAUAGACACGUUAUAAUCUCAUACUUUCAGCACGCUUUGAAACUCCACUAAGAUAUUGUUGGAGACUAAGAAUUUCAGCUCUGUCUUCUUGGCUAAUACCGUAUAAAUAGAAAAUCUAGUUACGGGCUGGCCUGCAAGGACUCCUUACAACUCUACUUAUGUUCUUCCUUUCUACUCUCUUAGUAAAUAUUUUCCACACUGUUUAGAGCAGCUUGUGUUCUACUCUCUCAUAGUCUCCACUAGCAUCACCCCCAAAUAUUCCUUAAUAGGAUGCCAAAGCAUCAUGGCCAAUUGUAUUGAUUACAUUUUCUUAUCUUCUGUAUUCUUGGUACUCUGGCAUUGGGGGCCUUGGUCCUGGCGACACUGACCCUUCCAUGUCUAACUAAUGCCCAGAGAUAGCAAAAGACUUCCCUGGGAGAAUGCCUUUGAUAUGCAAGCCAACCAAUCCAGAGUGCACACCCUCAACCAUCUCCUUUAUCAAACUUACACACCGAUCCAGUAUUCCCCUUGCUCUAAACUACCCCAGGGCCAGCUACCAGAUGACUAGGGGCCACCCCUGUAGCCCAGCAUCUACAGAAAUUACUCAGACUCUCCAGUCCCAAACUUACUCAGUGUACCUGCCCUGCCCACUCAUUCCUUCCCAUGAAAACGCCAGUUAAGGCUCUGGGCCAUGCUCUGCCCUCUCCUAUCUGCCUCCUGACUGGUCCUGGCCCUUCUCCAUGUGGCCCUGCGUGGCAUGGUGUGCCGUGCCUCCGGGCUCUAGGGAUAUGUGAGUAUAAACUUUAUCCUUCAUGACAGUUUUCCAUGUCUGCAUGUCUUAGAACCAAUCCCAGUUACAAAUUUUAACACACUGUCAUUUCUUUUCAUUAACUGCACAAUACUCCAUUUUGUGAAUGUACACAGUUUUUUUUUCAGGCCCUUUUUAGGGCCACAUGUACAGUGGUAAAAGAUUGUGAAGUGCACUAUAUUUUCCUUAAUGAUUUGGGUGAUACCCUUUUGUUACUGAGUAGCAUCUUUUCCUCUGGCAGAGGAAAUGGUAAUUUUGCUGGGUAGGAUUCUUGGGUUGCAGUCCUUUUAUUUCAUUAGCCUGUAACUAUUAUGUCCACUUUCUUCUAGCUUCUAUUAUUGCAGAUUAGGAUUCUAAAACCAGCUUGAUUUUUUUUCCCUUUGUAGGAAACUCAUUCUUUAUAGCUGAAAGCUUGUCAACUGAGGGCUUUAUUUUUCUUUUUAUCCUUAAUGUUAUCAGUUAUCUACCCCUCCCCCCUCACUUCCUGGACCUCUUGUGAGCUCUUUCAAUCCAAAGCCUCAAGCCUUUUCUCAGCUCAGGAAUAUUUUCUUCUAAUAUUUGUUUAAUUAUUUCUUCUCUCCUCUCUUUUUUUUCUUCUCUGCAUCACCUAAUAAUUACAUGUAAAGUUGACUUUGAUCUCUCCUUCAUAGUCUUAUCUUUCCUUCCUGCUUGCCUUUUUUUUAUAAUCCUAAAACAGUUCCUGCCACAUAGUAGGUGCUCAGUAAAUAUUUGCUUUUUUGUUUCUGUUCUGUACUUCAAGAUUUUGCACUUGACCUGCAAGAUCACUAAUUCAAGACUAACUGAUCAUCAGGAGAGACUUAUUAAUUAUUGUUUUAUUUUUCUCCCCACCCUAAACCUUUGUUCUGUUUUUAAACACUUGCAGAAAUAUAUUGGAGAAAUAGGAGUGAUCUAUAGAAGCUUCCACUUAAACCUUUUUUUUUUUUUUAAUAGACUUUAUUCUUUUAGAGCAGUUUCAGUUUCACAGCAGAACUGAGCAGAAAAUACAGAGUUCCCACAUAGCCAUCCUCCCUCCCCACACGUAUAUACUCCCCUACCCUCAACAUCCCUCAUCAUGUGGCAUAUUUGUACAGUCGAUGAACCAACAUGGGCACAUUAUCAACCAAAGUCCAUAGUUUACAUUAGGGUUCGCCCUUGAUGUUGUACAUUCUAUGUGUUUUGACAAGUGCAUAAUGACAUGUAGCCACCACUAUAGUAUCAUACAGAAUAAUUUCAUUGCCCUAAAAAUUCCUUGUGCUUCAUCUUUUCAUUCCUCCCUCCCUCUCUCCAAACACCUGGAAACCACGAUCUUUUUAUUGUUUCUGUAGCUGUGCCUUUUCCAGAAUGUCAUUUACUUGGAAUUGUACAGUUUGUACCUUUUCAGACUGGCUUCUUUUAUUUAGUAAUAUGUCUUUUAAGUUCUUCUAUGUCUUUCAUGGAUUGAUAGGUCAUUGUUUUUUUACUGCAUAUACAUUUUUUAAUUUACAUAUAUGUAGUGUUCAUUGUUUCUAAGAACAUUUAGAGCUUUAGCUUUUUAAACUUACAUAGUUAUCAAAGGAAUAAAGCCAAGCACAAAAUAAGAAUUAACUCAAAAAGAUACAUACACCCUGCUGUUAACAGCAACAUUAUUUAUAAUUGCCAAGAUACGGAAGCAUCCUAAGUGCACAUCAAUAGUUGAACAGAUAAUGGAAAUGCAGCAUAUAUAUAUGUGUGUGUGUGUGUAUAUAUAUAUAUUUAUAUAUGUAUAUAUAUUUAUAUAUGUGUGUAUAUAUAUAAAUGCAGCAUAUAUAUAUAUAUAUAUGUAUGUAUGUAAUGGAAUAAAGCUCAUCCAUAAAAAAGAAGAAUAUUUUUCCAUUUGUGGCCCUUCAUUCACUUUUUUCUUUUUCACUUCAAAAAACAGAAUUUUAUAACUGGUAGAGACAUUUCCAUUACAUCACAAACAACAAAAUACCUAGAAAUAAACUUAACCAAGGUUACCUAUACUCUGAAAACUGAAAUGACACAAAGAAAUGGAAAGAUUUCUUAUGCACUUGGAUUAAAAGAAUCAACAUUAUCAAAAUGGCCACACUACCCAAAGCAAUCCAUAGAUCCAACGCAACCCCCAUCAAAAUACUCGUGACAUUCCUCACAGAACUAGAACAAACAAUUCCCAAAUUUACAAAAUACCCCAGUCAAAGCAAUCUUUCGUAGGUCUCUCUUUCUCUUUUUUUCUUCUUCUUUUUGUUCUCUUUUCUUAUGGUCUGAUGACUAGGGAAGGUCCUUUAACAUUUGUUGCAAAGCUGGUUUGGUGGUGCUGAAAUCUUUUAGCUUUUGCUUAUCUGUGAAGUUUUCAAUUUCUCCAUCAAGUCUGAAUGAGAGCCUUGCUGGAUAGAGUAUUCUUGGUUCUAAGUUUCCCCCUUGCAUCACUUUAAAUAUAUCUUGCCACUCCCUUCUGGCCUGUAGAGUUUCUGCUGAAAAAUCAGCUGAUAACCUUAUAGGAGUUCCCUUGUAUGCUAUUUGUUGCUUUUCUCUUGCUAGUUUUAAUAUUUUCUCCUUAUCCUUAAUUGUUGUCAGUUUGAUGACUAUGUGCAUUUGUAUGAUCCUCUUUGAGUUGAUUCUGUGUGGUACUCUCUGCGUUUCCAAGACUCGGGUGACUGUUUCCAUUCCCAAGCUGGGGAAGUUUUUGGUUAUUAUCUCUCCAAAAAUUUUCUCAGAUCCUUUCUCUCUCCUUUUUCUUGGACCCCAUAAUGUGAACAUUAGAGCACUUCAUGUUAUCCCAGAGUUCCUUAAACUAUUCUUAUUCCUUUUUAUUCUUUUUUCUGUUCUGAAGUAGUGACUUCCACUAAUUUCUUUUAGGUCACUGAUCUGUUCUUCUGCCUCAUUUAGUCUGUUCUUGGUUCCUUCUAGCGUAUUGUUCAUUUCAGUGAUUUUAUUCUUCAACUCUGUUCGAGUAUUCUUUCUGUUUUCCAACUCUUUGCUAAAAACUUCACCCUGUUCAUCUAUACUCCUCUUGAGUUUUCUGAACAUCGUGGCCAUCAUUACUUUAAACUCUUUCUCAGAUAAAUUACCUAUCUCCUCAUCACUUAUUUCUUCUUCUGGGAUUUUAUCUUGUGCCUUGACCUGAGAGAUAUUCCUUUGCCACCUCAUAUCUGUCUUUCUAUGUGUUUGUGAAUUCCUUCCAUGGGCUUUGGGAUUAUUGUUUUCUUGUUUCUAGUAUCUGCCCCUGGUGGAUGAGGCUGGACUAGAGGCUUAUGCAGGUUUCCUGGCAGGAGGAGCCAAUGCCUGCCCACUGCUGGGUGACGCUUGGUCCUGGACCUCUGGUGAAUAGGGCUGUGUCUAGAGGCCUUUGUGGCUUAGGGAGUCUGCUGAUGGGUGUGGCUGUGUUCCGACCCUGUACUUGUUUGGCCUGAGGCUUCCCUACAGGCUGUUGGGAGGGGCUAGGUCUUGGUGCUAAUGAUUCAAUCAAGAUGUCAGCCUCCAGGAAAGCUCAUGGAGAUUAACACUCCCAGAAUGUCCACCACCAGCUUGUAAGUCCCCUGGGUGAGCCGCAGCCUUUCCCCACGUCCCUGGGAGACCCUCCAAGUCCAGCAGGCAGGCCUGGCCCAGGUUCCUGUGAAAUCACUGCCUCUACCCUUGGACCUGGUGCACAUGAGUUUUCGUGUACACUUCUCAAGGGAAUGGAGUCUCCGCUUCCCCGAGUUCUGUGAGGCCCCCAGAGCCAACCCUCCCUGGCCUUCAAAACCAGAUGUCCUGGGGUCUCCUUCUCUUCCCAAUGCUGGAACCCAAGCUGGGGAGCCUGACAUGGCGCUUAGAGCUCUCAUUCCUGUGGGAGGACCUCUGCAACUUAACAAAUCUUCAGCUUGUGGGGCGCCCACCAGGGGUGUGUGGAGCCCAAUUAUAUCGCGAGCAUGCCCCUCCUACUGUCCUGCUGUGGUUCCCUCUUUAUGUUUCCAGUUGCAGGAGCUCUUUUUUUUUGCUAGGUUCCAGUCUUCUUUUUUGAUAGUUGUUUAGCAUUCAGUCAUGGUUUCAUUGUAGUCAUGAGGAGAGGCAAGCUCGCCAUCCUGCCACUCCGCCAUCUUGACCAGAACUCCGAUUUCUCCCUGAAACUUGUUUUAAAUUGUUUCAUUGAGCUGAUACUUGUCCAGCCUUAUUGACUGUAUAUAUCAAUGAACCAAUUACAAAGGUAGUGAUCACCUGUAACUUCUCUCUGUUGCCUUUUAUAUUUUACAAAUUUUCCUUCUGUGGUGUCUUAGCUAAUAGUAUGUGUCUUUCAGUCUUAUAAAGUGCUUGUAUCCUGCCGUAUUUCAGAGGACACUUAUGCCAGUUGUUUACUGCGCCUCAGAUUGAUUCCAGUUUUAAAGUCAUUUAUGGCACACCCGUGAAAUGCCUGCUUUUAAAAAAUGCAUAGAAACCGUAAAUGCAGACGUUUACUAGCACAGCCCUAAACCUGUGUUUAACAGGAUGUCUGAAAACAGCGUCAUGGGUAAGCUUUUAUACUUCCUACCAAGCUUUUUCUUUACAAUUAAGGAAAUACUUCAAGAGAGGGAAAAAAAGACAUCUUCAACUGAAGCAUUCUUUUGGGUCAGUUUAUACUAAAAAGCUCCAUUUAGACUAGAUGAAAACCUUUAAGGAAAGCUGUGAAGACAAACCCUUAAGCUGUACCACUUGCUUUAACAGUUGAAAAUAACUUCAAAAUGAAGGCUCUUCAGUAAAGGACACAAAGGUUUGUAGAGCCUACUAUUGGUGAGACACUGGAAAACAGAAAAACUUUAGCUCUUAUUUAAAACCUGAAUGAGAGGAUAAUAGAAAAAGUUUGUCCCAAUGAACUAAUCUCAAUUAUACUUCAAAGAAAAGUCACUAUCACACAAAUCAGAUAUUGAACCUAAUGGCUGCAUAGUUCUAACUCAAAUAUUUCAUUACUGUUGAGUCAUAUAGUAAUACUUGGUUACUUCUAUAAAAAUGAGUAACUACGGAAAGUUAGAAAAGCUAAAGUCAUUUCUGUAACUUAUAAUUUUUAUAAAAAUACAUUGAUACAGUUCCUUUUUAAAACUUAAUUUUUUCUCUAUAUUCAGAUCCUAUUUACUCAGCCCGAAUUUUAAAACUCUUGAGUAUCAUUAGAACUGUAAACUGAAUAUCAAUCAAACCAUGCCAGAAAUGAAAUUGGCAAAAAAACCUUUUAAAAUAUAUAGCAGGGAAAGCCAGUUACAGAGAGGAAAAUAAUCACUUUGCUUUGUAUUAUGAUAAAGUUUCUAGACAUCUGAGGGUUAAAUUUAUUGCUAGAAUAGAGUUGGUUCUUUUGUUUUAACUCUGGAAAAAUAUUAAAUUCAAGGGACAUAUCUAACAAAGCCCAAUCAUGAAUAUGGAUUUCCCUUGAAAAAAACAUGUACAGUCCUUUUGUGCCAUCUUGAAUCACUGUACUGUACCUUAGUGCCUGGAAUUUUUACAAGUCAUUUAUUGUAAGACAAGCUUUUCUAUCUUACUAGUAUAUCAGCAACAUCCUCAAAUACAGGAGGCAUAGUUAUUUUGCUGCCAUGUAGUUCUUUGUUUCCUGCUUUUUAAAAAUUGGACAAUUAAAAACUAGAAAAAACUAAGGGAAAUAAGAUAAAGAACUGUGUUAUGACUGCUCUAAUUCUGUGUGUAGGAGUUGGCAAAUGCCCUGUAACUUCCUGACAAACCACUGCUGUUUAUCCUCACAAGGGUACACAUAAACUUUGCGCUAGUGGGUUUAUACAGCCCUCCCAGUCUACGCUCUCCCAAGGCCUGGAACUAAAUAAAGGUCACAAUCCUAACUUGGUUUCUUAUUUUGUCACUAAAAACACAAGUCAGUCAAUGUUUAAGACCAGAUUCCUCAAGCUCCUCAUGCUUUUUAUUUCUUGACAGUCUGUCAGUGGCUGUUGCAUAGGGUCUGUAGCGGGCCUGGCCAGUGGCUUUGUUUCCUUGGCAUUGGUGCUCAACUCUUGAAGGCAACUAAUGAUUGGCCCCAGUGAUUGGCGCAAGCCAUUUCUUUUUUGUUCAUCUCAUCCCCUGAGCAAGAGUUAGUAACAGCACUAAAACAGGGCCAGUUAACACCCUAUUCAAACACCAGGCGGGGUGCAGGAGAGCUGCUACUUCCCAGGUGGCUCACACGCAACUCUCCAGCUUCUCUUCUCCUACAUAGUGGCAUCAUCCACUACUGCAUAAGUCUGAAUACCUUUCAUAUAAAUAUGCUGUUAAGGUUGUGCUAAAAUGAGGGAAUAAUACUCCUAUUAAGUCUUUGAAAAUUGAGUUAUUGACUAUUUUUAUGGUACUGCGUUGUUUUCUUAUCUACAUAUGUAUACAAAAUUUCGUCCAAGUUUCAGUAAAUACUAUGGAAAAAAUGUAUUAAAAAUAACUUAGUGUUGAUCACUAAGAACAUUAAAGAAUGGCAAGUUUAUUUUUAAAAAUUGUACUGGUUUCAUAAAGAAAUUAAUAAUAAACAAUAGACUGGAAAUCAGAA